AUGGAUUGUGAGAUUAAGUUAUGGUUGGUAGUGAUUUUUUUGUUCUCAAGUGCAAUAUAUUGUGUUGUUGGGGAGCCUCAAGUACCUUGUCUUUUCAUUUUUGGAGAUUCAUUAUCAGAUAGUGGAAACAACAAUAACCUAAAUACUGAUGCAAAAGUUAAUUACAUGCCUUAUGGGAUUGAUUUUCCUGGUGGUCCUACUGGAAGAUUUACCAAUGGCCGGACUUCAAUUGACAUAAUUAGUCAAAUUUUGGGAUUUCCCAAUUUUAUACCACCCUAUGCAAAUACAGAAGGUGCAGACAUAGUUCUAGGGGUUAACUAUGCAUCUGGUGCAGCUGGGAUUCGCAAUGAAACUGGAACACACUUGGGUCCAGAUAUCAGCAUGGGAUUGCAAGUACAACAUCACACAGACAUUGUUUCCCAAAUUACUGAGAAACUUGGAAGUGAAAAAGUGCAAGAACACCUAAAUAAGUGCUUAUAUUAUGUGAAUAUAGGAAGCAAUGAUUACCUUAACAAUUACUUCCUACCACAAUUUUAUCCAAGUAAUGGAAAAUACACUGCUGACCAGUAUGCUGCAGCUCUUGUCAAAGAACAUUCAACUUAUUUAAAGGCUCUGCAUGAGCUUGGAGCAAGAAAGUUUUCUUUGGUUGGAUUGGGCCCUCUAGGUUGUAUUCCACAUGAAAUUUCUACCCAUGGGAAAAAUAAUUCAUUGUGUAUCAAAGAAGAGAAUAAUGCAGCACAACUUUUCAAUGACAAACUUAGAGCCCUCGUUGACCGUUUCAACAAAGAAUUACCUGAUGCCAAAUUUAUCCUAAUUGGUGGUUCCAAAUCUAAUGAUGUAAAGCUAACAGAUAUUGCAAUAUGUUGCAAAGUGGGAUCAAAUGGGCAAUGUAUCCCUGAUGAGAAACCAUGCAGGGCAAGAGACCUACAUCCAUUUUUUGAUGCAUUUCAUCCUUCUGAGAUGGUCAACAAAUUGUCUGCAGAAACUGCUUAUCAUGCUCCAUCUCCAUCCUUUGCAUAUCCAAUGGAUAUCAGUCAUCUUGUUAAAUUGUAA